CCGCAAUUGGCAAGUGCGGGUUGUCUCGGCUCAAACAAAGACGUUAUAUCAUCAGGACAACUUUAUAUAAGGUGUUGCUACGAUAGACACAUCCUAUAUUAUUUUUAUCUUUAACUAGUAUCGUGAUGCAUUGGAUCAAGUCCUGUUGUUCCAACUCCCUCAUUCCUACCGAGCCAAACCACUGAGCCAAGCCCCAAUGACUACCAUCCAAACCCCCCUAGAUCUCGGCUCACCGGAGCACCUCCUCCCACCCAGCUGGAAAGCCACCAUCACGUCCUGGCUCGCCGAAGACACCCCGUCUUUUGACUACGCUGGCUUCGUCGUCGGCGACACCCCGAGCACGGCCACCCUCUGGGGCAAGAGCCCCGGCGUCCUGGCCGGUGUUCCCUUCUUCACCGAGAUCUUCCAACAAUGCAACUGCGCCGUCGAGUGGCACGCCCCAGAGGGCAGUGAGGUGAUGCAGCAGGACGGAGGCGCGGGGAAAACAAAAGUCGCUACCGUGACGGGGCCCGCGAGGGGCUUGCUGCUCGGCGAAAGAGUGGGGUUGAAUCUUCUGGCAAGGUGUUCGGGCAUUGCGACUGUGAGUCGGAAGAUGGUUACUGGGUUAAGGAAGGAAGGGUAUACGGGCAUAUUGGCUGGGACAAGGAAGACGACGCCGGGGUUUCGGCUGGUGGAGAAAUAUGGCAUGUUGGUGGGGGGUGCGGAUCAGCAUCGGAUGGACUUGAGCUCGAUGAUCAUGCUCAAGGAUAACCAUGUGUGGAGUCGCGGAAGCAUCGCAGAUGCCGUCAAGGCUGCGAAGGGGGUGGGUGGGUUUGCUCUCAAGGUUGAGGUUGAGGUUCAGAGUGAGGAGGAAGCGGACGAGGCCAUCGAGGCUGGGGCAGAUGUGGUCAUGCUGGAUAACUUCACAGGAGACGGAGUCAAAAUUGCUGCGCAGAGCUUGCGACAGAAGUGGCAGGGCAAAAAGGAUUUCUUGAUUGAAGUUAGUGGAGGCUUACGAGAGGAUAAUAUUGCUGCUUAUGUGUGCAAUGACAUCGAUAUUAUCUCAACCAGCUCAAUCCACCAGGGCACACCGCACGUGGACUUUUCACUGAAGAUCGAACAAAGUCAAGAAAAGAAGGAACAAGGCCAAGGAAAGGAAGCUUAGGAUGGCCCAACCUCAUACGCUCCCAGUUCUUGGCCGAUUCAUACUCAGUGUACACUCUAGUCAUCAAAUUUCACCAAACAUGACAGAGAUUGGGCAAGGCUCUUCCAUCUGCAGCCAGUUAGUCUCUUGUUGAAAGGCCAGGGAACGACUAGCAAAUUAAAACAGCACAUAAGCAUCGGUAUCAGCAUACCAGUUAGGAUACCUGCCGAUGUUCAGGAAUCUUCGCGGAGUAACCAGGCUUCCCUCCACAGCAGGAGAUUGAAAGCACUUUCAAGGCAGCAUCCCCAACAAGGAACACGAAUCACUCACUCUUCGGAUUGUAGAUUCGACUAUCCCCUCCCCAAUUUUACCAAUUAAUACCACUACCAACCUGGGGUUUAUUCAAUUAUGCCCCCACUGUACGAGACUUGUCACUGUAAUAAAUAGGAAUUCAUUCGCACU